AUGUUGGUGCACUUAUUUCGGGUCGGGAUUCGGAGCGGCCCAGUGCCAGGCAGGCCGCUAAGCCUCGGACUCCAGAUAUUCACGGCCGUCAGACGCUCUGAUGGCCACCACAGCUCCUGCUUCCUCCAGUCCAUGGCCCAGCUCUCAUCUUACCUACGGCCCCGCCUGCCCCAAGCUUCCAGAGCUCCCAGCCGAAGCCCCCGCUCUGCCUGGCACUGGGUUGGGGGAGUACUGCUAGGGCCUGUGAUGCUAAAGAAAUGUCCCCGCCUGUGCCUGGUGGCACGAUGUGAGGCAGAAGAGGUCCCUCUGACCAGUUCUAGACCCUAUAGCCAAGAAUCCCAGUUUAACUGGAGGCUCUUCUGGCAGUUUCUACGCCCCCACCUGCUGGUCCUGGGAGUAGCCAUUGUGCUGGCUUUGGGAGCAGCUCUGGUGAAUGUGCAAAUCCCCCUGCUCCUGGGCCAAUUGGUCGAGAUUGUGGCCAAGUACACAAGAGAACACAUAGGGAGCUUCUUAAUGGAGUCUCGGAGCCUCGGCACACGCCUGCUGCUUCUCUAUGGCAUCCAGGGCCUGCUGACCUUUGGGUACCUGGUGUUGCUGUCCCGCAUUGGCGAGCGCAUGGCUGUGGACAUGCGGAGGACCCUCUUCAGCUCCCUGCUGCGACAGGACAUUGCUUUCUUUGAUGCUAAAAAGACAGGGCAGCUGGUGAGCCGGUUGACAGCUGAUGUGCAGGAGUUUAAAUCAUCCUUCAAACUUGUCAUCUCCCAGGGACUUAGGAGCUGCACCCAGAUUGCUGGCUGCCUGGUAUCCCUGUCCAUGCUGUCCACACGCCUCACUGUGCUGCUAAUGGUGGCCACGCCCACCCUGAUGGGAGUUGGCACCCUGAUGGGCUCAGCUCUCCGAAAAUUGUCUCGCCAGUCUCAGGAGCAGAUCGCCAAGGCUACAGGUGUAGCUGACGAGGCCCUGGGCAAUGUGCGUACCGUGCGAGCCUUCGCCAUGGAGCCCUGGGAAGAGGAGCGCUAUGGCAUAGAGCUGGAAGGAUCCCGCCGUAAGGCAGAGGAGCUGGGCAGAGGCAUUGCCUUAUUCCAAGGGCUUUCUAACAUUGCAUUCAACUGCAUGGUCCUGGGCACCCUGUUUGUUGGUGGCUCCCUUGUGGCAGGACAGCAGCUGACAGGGGGAGAUCUCAUGUCCUUCCUGGUGGCCUCCCAGACAGUGCAGAGGUCCAUGGCCAACCUCUCUGUACUGUUUGGCCAGGUGGUCCGGGGGCUCAGUGCAGGGGCUCGAGUCUUUGAGUACAUGACUCUGAGCCCAUGCAUCCCUCUGUGUGGAGGCUGUUCCAUCCCCAGGGAGGAUCUCCAAGGGACCAUCACGUUUCAGAAUGUCAGCUUCAGUUAUCCCUGCCGCCCUGGCUUUGAGGUGCUCAAAGACUUCACCCUGACUUUGCCCCCUGGCAAGGUGGUGGCCCUGGUGGGCCAGUCUGGGGGAGGAAAGACAACUGUCGCCUCCCUGGUGGAACGCUUCUAUGAUCCCACGACAGGAGUGGUGCUACUGGAUGGGCGGGACCUCCGCACUCUGGAUCCGUCCUGGCUCAGAGGCCAGGUCAUCGGCUUCAUCAGUCAGGAACCAGUGCUGUUUGGAACAACCAUAAUGGAGAACAUCCGCUUUGGAAAGCUGGACGCCUCCGAUGAAGAAGUGUAUGCAGCUGCCCGGGAAGCCAACGCCCAUGACUUCAUCGUCAGCUUCCCUGAGGGCUAUGGCACCAUUGUGGGUGAGCGGGGUGCUACCCUGUCUGGUGGCCAGAAGCAGCGCCUGGCAAUUGCCCGAGCCCUCAUCAAGCAGCCCACAGUGUUAAUCAUGGAUGAGGCCACCAGUGCACUGGACUCCGAGUCAGAGCAAGUUGUGCAGGAGGCCCUGGAUCGGGCCAGUGCAGGCCGCACUGUGCUCGUCAUUGCCCACCGGCUCAGCACUAUACGCAAGGCCCACCACAUCGUAGUUAUGGCUGACGGCCGGGUCUGGGAGGCUGGGACCCACGAAGAGCUCUUGAAGAAACGUGGACUCUAUGCUGAACUCAUCCAGAGACAGACCUUCAAAACCCCGCUGACAUCCAUGGAAAAGCCAAAAGGUCCCAGAAACCACCCCGCCUAG